CUUUUUGACUCACACACACACACACAGUCUGUAGUUAAGUUUAAAACGGGCUUUUGCUGGAAGAGGUCCUUUCUGUUGUAUAUCUGUGUCAAAGUUUACCAAAGGUAAAGGCAGCUUUAGCUCUGGAAUACCAGCAAAAGCCCCUUGAUGUCUUUAUUUUUGUGUUAGUUCUGGUAAGUCACAGCAUCAGUGGUUUAAUGAACUGUCAUUUAAUGCUGACACCCAAAUCAUAAACUCUGUUUUGUCUAUCUUGAUGUCUCUGUGUGCUUUAUAGCGAAGCAGCCGACCUGAAUCGCUUGUUCAUUAUACAACUUAUGAAACUUGAGAGCACAUCCCAGUGGAGAUCCGGCUGUGCUUGCUUACAUUUGGUUCAUGACUUAAAAAAUCAAGUUCAGGAGUGAUUCCUGAUGAGUCCAAGGCUAUGUCUCUGCUGGCUCCGGCCAAUGCCGUUGCAGGAUUGCUUCCAGGAGGCGGACUCCUCCCCACACCCAACCCCGUCCCAUCUAUUGGUGGCGUCCCUCUCGGCGGUCUUGGAGGACCAAACUUGGACCCGAUGGCAGCUCUGGCCAUGGCAGCACCCAAUAUAAACCCACAGUCAUUGUCAGCUGAGCAGCUCAUGAAGCUCAUGGCAUCAAUAGACCCCAAAUUGAAUCCUCUGGCCGCUGGGCUCAAUCUGACCCCUGGACUGAAGGCAGACGCAUCCAAUAAAGAGAUUGAAGAAGCCAUGAAGAGAGUGAGAGAGGCGCAAUCUCUGAUCUCUGCUGCCAUCGAGCCUGGAAGUAAGAAGGAUGAUAAACGAAAGCGCUCGAGAUCGAGGUCCAGAUCCAGACGCAGGAGAUCCAGGUCCCGCUCCAGACACAGGCGCUCCAAGAGUCACUCCAGGCGGAGAUCUCGCUCCAGGAGCAGGAGGAGGUCCAAGAGCCCCCGCAGGAGGAGAUCUCACUCCAGAGACCGCAGCAGACGCUCCAGGUCCAGAGAUCGAAGGAAGGAUGAAAAGUACAGGAAACGGUCCAAAACUCCACCCAAGAGCUACAGCAGCGCCAGACGCUCCCGCAGCACCAGCCGGAAACGGCACAGAAGGAGUCGCAGCAUGUCUCGAUCACCCAAAAAAUCCCGAUCUCCCAAGAGAAAACUGUCUCGCUCGCCAUCGCCACGCAGGCACAAGAAGGAGAAAAAGAAGGACAAGGACCGCGAGAGAGACCGUGACCGAGACCGCAAAGAAGACCGCGACAGAAACCGGGAAAAACGGGAACGUUCCACCAGCAAGAAGAGCAAAGAUAAAGACAAGGAUCGAGACCGAAAGUCUGACAGCGAGAAGGGAGAUGUGAAGGUCACCAGAGACUAUGAUGAAGAGGAGCAGGGCUACGACAGCGAGCACGAAGAACACGAGAGGAAUUCAGACGCUGCUUCAUCACCGCACGCUAAAGAGCCGCUAGCAGACAGCGCAGACGACGCCGGACGCGGAGAGUCUGACGGAAACAGUGAAGACCAGCGAGACGAGGACAUGGACAUGAGCGACUGAAACAGCCCCUGAUCAGCGUUUGAGAUGUAUUGAUGGAGUUCAGAUGCAGGAAAGCUCAUCCUUCUGAACUGCUCCAUUCCUUUUGGUUCUUUUAAUGCAUCUGCUGUAUUCACUGGUACACGCUCGUCUUAAAUGUUCCCGGAUUUUAGAGCUGUUUCUUUCCUCACGGCUGAUGUGGAAUGGUGUUAUACUGUAUAUUUAGUGUCAACUUCUCCCUGAAAAUACCACCAUUCGCUAUGUCUGUCUGCGGUUUCUAUUUAAAGCAAUUACCCUCUAAUUAAAAGUGCUUGGAUGACUUGUCGAGCAGUGUUGAUUUAUUUUUGUUUUUCAUUUUAAUGAAAUUGCAUUUGUUUUUUAUAGUUAGCCUGAGUUAGUUGGAAAAUGUUUGUCUUUUUAAAGUUGCCGAACGUUUGUGAAACUUCACGUAAACUGGAUAACGUUUUCUCGCAGGUCCUUCAACAGUUCGCCUGUAUCUGAUUGUGUUUUUCUGUAGUGAACACACAUCAUAGACUGUAGUUUGCUAAGAAAAUGACUUAACUGUACCCGUUUGCAAUGUUACAAAUUGAAAAUAAAACUUCAUACAAAAUU